CUGAUGCCCCUGGAUUGGGAAUCUUGCUGGCUCCAGAACAAUGGAAAACAGAAACACCCAGAUACACCCAGAGAACAAGGAAGAGGCUCCCACAGUCCAAUCAAGUCCUGGCCUGAGUUCCACCAAAAAGACUGAUUUGGAGCCCACUGUGUCAAUCACUCAGGCUGGGCUUGCAGGUGCCAAGGAAAAGGACAGCAGAAAGCAGCCUGUAGCUCCCAAAGGACCAGAGAGGGAGCUCGGACACACAGGAUCAUCCCAGGAGGGGCCCGGGCAGCCUGAACCCCAGGAGCAGAGGCCCCUUGCAAGAGUAAGGAAUCAGUCAUCUUUGGCAACUGAGGAAGGGUCGUCCCUCGAUCUGCAAGCUAGCCAGGAGCAAGCCCAGCAUGGCAGAGAGUGUGUGACCCCUGAGGAGCAGUCACGGCUGACCAAGGACCAGCAGGAGAGAUGGCAGAGCACCAAGGCCAAAGAGAUUCAUCCCACUGACAGUUGCCAGACUCCGACUCUCCCCACUCAGGGAAAAACAGACCAUCAACUGGAAAAGCCACACACUUCGAACAGCAGGAGUCAGCCACUGGAGGAUGACCCCCCCAGUGAAGCAGACCUCCCACAGGCCAGGCUGCCGGAGCCCAUGCCAACACCCAGCUCAGGGCCACAAAAGGACAGCCCCCAGGUGGCAGCGCCCCCCAAACCCAAGGCAACUGCAGAGGAAAAGAAGGCCCCUCUCGUCUUGCCAUCUGCACCAAGACCUCGAACACACAAGGAGGGAGGUGAAGCUCUGGAGACCAAAGCAGCACCAAGGCCUCUUCCUCCACCAGAGGAAAAAGACAGUGUUGAGAAGAAGGAGCUGGGUCAAGGGCAGAAGCAACGGCAGCAGGCUUUGGCAGCUGCAGGCACCCAAGGCCCUGGAAACUCCCGUCGGGGCUUCAUGAAGUGUCUACUGGAGGUGGAGGAGCAGGAGGAAGUCACCCAUCGGAGGGCUUUGAAAACCAGGACCCUGACAACACGGAGGUCCCCCAAGGCCCUGACUUCUGUCUCCACCCCAGGCCCCACCAGCAGCUCAGUCCCAACUUUGCCUCUGACCCUGCACGAGCCCUCCACCUCAGCUCCAGCUACUGUCCCAAUGUGGGUCAGAACACCAGCUGCUGGGCAAGCCCCUGCCUCUGUGGGAUCCCCUAGCUCAGCCCUGUCACCCGCCACCCAGGACCUGAACUGGAGAUGGCCAGAGUUCUUGCCCCAGAGCAAUGACAGAAGCCUGAACUACGCCAAGACACGGCAGGAGCCUGAAGAGCAUGGCCUCUUCAAACUGUAUCAGAGCUGGGAGGAGCGGUCUGAGGAGCACCUCACCCUGAAGCAAGAGGAAGCCUUCCGCAGCUACUUUGAAAUCUUCAAUGGCCCUGGUGAGGUGGAUGCUCGGAGCCUCAAGAACACCUUGCUUCUAAUUGGCUUCACCCUUACCCCAGGCCAGGUGGAAGAAGCCCUGAUGAGUGCUGAUGUCAAUGGAGAUGGUCAUGUGGAUUUCAAAGACUUCUUGGCAGUGAUGACAGACACCAAACGCUUCUUCUGCUCUGUGGAACAGAAUGUCCUGAUGGAUAUGUCGCCCCCGAACCCCUACACACUGUUCUUUGAGAUCCUCUCUCUGCUGGUGGAGAUGUUGGCCCUGCCGGAGGCAGCCCUAGAGGAGAUCACGAACUACUACCAGAAGAAGCUGAAGGAAGGCACCUCCAAGACCAGAGACAUGGACUCGACUAUGGGCGGGCUGCGACAGAGGAAGAAGCUUCCUUACAACUCUCAACAAGUAGAAAGCUUAGAGGUCCCAGAACGAAGGGUCCUCAGGAUCCUGAGCAGGCUGAAGCAGCAGAACUAUGCUGCCAAUCUGCAAAGCCCCUAUGCCCAGGUGCCCUGCAUCCCACUCUGCCCAAGGCUAGAGAAGAAGGCAGUCCGUCGAAAGCAGGGUAGCCAUAAUCAUCCUGUGCUGGAUCAGUGUGUCUCUACAACCCUGGGCCCUGACAUCCAUGGCAUCUUCUUCCAGCCAGGACAGCAAGGAAGCAGGGAACACAGCUCUGACAGCAGAAAGUGGCUUAGCUCUGUGCCAGCCAGAACCCACUGAUUGUCUGGAAUCCUGGCUCCAGAAGUUCAAGACCUAUAGACAGCUGGGCCGUGGGGCAGGGCCUGGCUUUGGGAGUUUGCUUUCAUGGCCUGGUAAGCCAAUAAACACCAAGAACCUCA